AUGGCCUCAGAAACCAAGGUUCCGUACGUGGCCCAAGACCCUCAAGAGAUUCAGAAUCUCGUGUCCAGCCUCAAUGGGUCAACAAACAAGGGCAAGGGUGGUAUUAAAGCAAAAAAGACCGUCUUCCCAGUCCAUGACUCUCCGAAUGGCAUCAAAGUCGAUUCUUGGAGAUUCCAGGACUGGGACUACAAGAAACCCAACAUGCCAACCUAUGCCCGUGGUCUCUUCACUACCAAGGACAACCGCGGUCAGCAUGAGAUUGCCAUUCGGGGCUACGACAAGUUCUUCAAUGUGGGGGAGACAAACGACACCAAGUGGGAAAGCAUUCGCUCCAGGACCCAAGGCCCUUACGAGCUUACACUCAAGGAAAAUGGCUGCAUCAUCUUUAUUGGCGGACUCGAGGACGAAACACUCUUGGUCUGCAGCAAACAUUCGACUGGCCCGCGGAGUGACGUCGAACUGAGCCAUUCAAUGGCUGGUGAGAGGUGGAUCAACAGGCAACUCGAGUCCAUCGGAAAGACUCGUGCCGACCUUGCGCGCGAGCUCCGAAGCAGAAAUGUCACAGCCGUUGCGGAGCUCUGUGACGAUGAUUUUGAGGAACACAUUCUGGCUUAUGGCCCUGAAAAGGCUGGCCUCUACCUUCACGGCAUGAACAUUAAUGUGCCAGAAUUUAUGACCUAUCCAAGUGAACUUGUCCAGAAAUUCGCCGAUGAGUGGGGUUUCCGCAAGGUUGAUCUUCAGGUUUUCAACGAUAUCGACACGGUACAGAAUUUCCUCGAGCGUGCUGCAGAAACGGGAGCUCACGAGGGUCGAGACGUUGAAGGAUUUGUCAUCCGAUGUCGCAUGUCAUAUGACCCUCAACGAACGCCAUACAAUGACUGGUUUUGGAAGUACAAGUUUGACGAGCCCUACCUAAUGUACCGCCAAUGGCGAGAGUGCACCAAGGCGCUCAUUGCUGGCAAGCCGCCCAAGUACAAAAAGCAUGUCAAAAUCACAGAGGAGUAUCUCCUCUACGCCAGAAAGCGCUUGGCACAGGAUCCCAAGCUGGGAAAGUUGUACAAUCAAAACCAUGGCAUCAUCAAGUUGCGAGACGACUUCCUUGCCUACAAGAACAUGAAGGGCUCCGAGGCCGCCAACAUUGAAAUGGAAGAAGACGAUGGUGCCAGCGUGACCGAUGGAGUUGUCAUUGUUCCUGUCGCGACCAUCGGCUGCGGCAAGACGACGGUGGCUGUCGGCCUGACCAAUCUUUUUGAGUGGGGUCACGUCCAGAAUGACAACAUACAGGGCAAGAAUCGUCCGGCUCAGAUGGUGAAGCAGGUCAUGCAACUUCUUGCUGAUGGCCACCCGGUUGUUAUCUCUGACCGGAAUAACUCUGAACGGCGUGAAAGGGAGCAAAUAAUCAAGGAUGUCAAGCUCCAACACGCUGGGGCAAGACUGGUUGCCAUGAACUUUUCCCAUGGUGACAUUGAAGAAGUACGCAGAGUCACUCGGGAGCGCGUUCUUGCCCGCGGCGACAAUCACCAGACGAUCCAGGCGGCUUCCGAGGAAAACAAGGUCAUUGGCAUCAUGGAGAAUUUUAUUCACCGCUUUCAACCGUGCGAUCCAGAAAAUUCCCCCGAUGAUGGCUUCGACUUGGUCAUUGAUCUCGAUCCAUCAAAGGACAGCCGUGCCAACCUGGAGACCAUGGUCAGCGAGCUACACCAAAAGUACCCCCGUUUGGUGCCAGAGGUGCCAAGUGCAGAGGAUCUGGACGAGGCGAUAAAGGCUGCCAUAGAGAAUUACAAACCAGACAUUCGCCACAAGCUUCCUGACCGAGGAGCCAAGAACAAGCACAACGGCGGCCAGCAGCAGCAGCAGCAGAGAGUGCAGAAGAAGAAGCCUUUGGAGUACAUGUCCAUCUCGGUUCCUGCCAAGGACGUCAACACUAUUUUGGAAGCGGCUUUCAAGACCACCGAUCCUGAAACUUCCAAGUUCUACAAACAAUUGCAGCAGACCAGACGCGUUCAGCCUCAGUUUCACGUCACACUAAUGCACCGCGCCGCCUCUAGAGAUCAUCCAGAGCGAUGGGCUGAAUUCGUGAAGCUUGAAGAGCAGAGUGCACCAAAUGAUGGGCGCAUUGCCGAGUGCGAAGUUGAACUUGAAAGGGUUGUCUAUGACGAUCGCGUCAUGGCAAUUGUUGCUAGAAUUCACGACCCGCAAUGGGCAAGCGUCAACCCGAUCGCUCAUGUAACAGUUGGCACUCGUGACCAGAGCGUCAAGCCCAAGGAGAGCAAUGAUCUCUUGGCGCUGUGGGUGCAAAAUGGUCCAGGAAACGGCAUUCGCGAGCGGGCAUUCGAGCCGAAACCUGUGCUCAAGGGAAUCGUGCGAGGAGUCCUUGCGCGUUAG